CUCGUUUUGAUAUGAAAUCAAAAUGGCUGCGCCCAUGGCCGUGUAUUCUGCUGUAAAACUGGCUCUAAAUCCAGUAAAAACAUGCCACUUGUGGAACUCUGUAUCGGCAAGAAAUGUUCAUCCAUCUUUCAACCAGGCAAUCUUUCAUCAUGAGAAGAGGAGAUUCUGUGCAGAGAGUAGUCGACCUCUCACCCAGGUCACUCAGGUAGACGGCAUCAGGAAGAUCACUCUUAGCAAUCCUAAAAAGAGGAAUGCUCUUUCACUUGCCAUGCUUAGCAGAGUCACAGAGGAGCUAACUCAAGAUGUUGAUGAUGGCAACCUAAGGGCAAUCAUCAUUGCUUCCCAGGGACCAGUCUACUCAGCAGGUCAUGACCUCAGGGAAUUGACCACCAGGACAGGUCGUGCCUACCAUACAGAGGUGUUUAAGAAGUGCUCUGAAAUGAUGAUGCUCAUUGAAGAUCUUCCUGUGCCUGUCAUUGCUCAAGUCAAAGGCCUUGCCACUGCAGCUGGAUGCCAACUGGUAGCCAGUUGUGAUAUCGCUGUAGCUGCGGACACAGCUAGAUUUGCUACCCCAGGUAUAUCAGUAGGUCUGUUUUGUUCCACGCCAGCCGUUGCUCUAGGUCGAGCAGUCCCUAAGAAGAUUGCAAUGCAGAUGCUCCUUACAGCCGAACCCAUCUCUGCUGAAGAGGCUCUCAGACAUGGCUUGAUCAGCAAGGUGGUACCUGAAGAAGCAGUGGAAGAAGAAACUAUGAGGAUAGCACAAAAGAUAUGUGAGUACAGCGGUUCUGUCAUCUCUCUUGGAAAAGCCUGCUUCAACACACAAAUGAAGAUGGACAGAAACUCAGCUUAUGACCAUGCGAGUGAUGUAAUGGUGAACAAUUUAUCCUUGGUGGAAGGGCAGGAAGGAAUUGAUUCAUUCGUCAAUAAAAGGUCACCAGUCUGGAGGCAUGGGUUUGACAAGGCGCAUGAUUGAGACAUUUCUCCCCUUCUACUUUCUAACUGUCUUUCUCUCUCCUGUUUCUCUUUCUUUUUUCCAUCUGCCUCUUUUCUUCUCUCUCUCUAUCUUUUUCUUGCAUUUCUUUCUCUCUUGUUCUCUUUCUGUGAAAGAUGUUAAUACAAGAUAACAGUACCAAGUCUUCCAUGAGCAUGAAUUGUAAUAUUGCAUUUGCAUCUCCAACUCGUAACUUACCCAUUUUAACAAAAAGCAUUGUUUGUAUGCAUAGAUUUAAUUAACCAUUAAGAGACAAUAUGCAAUUGAAUAGUUAUACUGUCUCAGUCAAAUCUCUUGAUACCACACUAAUUUCUUCAAUUUAGGCAAGAUUUUACUUUGCAGAUGCAAAUAACACAUUUUGAAUAUUCCUGUAUGAAAAUUGCUUAAGCUUGGGCGUUUAUUUGACUUAUGAAAGGCUGAGCUGUGCAGACCGUCACUGUAUAUUGUUAAAGAAAACUCAUGCUUGAUGUAAAUUUUUCUUAUUAAUACACAUAUUGCUGAUUUUAAUUCAUAUCUUGUCAGGAAUUAUGAGAAGAAACUUUCCCCAAAGACUGGUAACUAUGAUCACCUCUUGUACAGUGAUGAAUUUAUUCACUUUUACACUUCAGUUUUACUUUUCUCUACAGUGUUUUGAUGAAGGUGGUAGGUUUCUAUAUUGGUUGAAAGUCAAUGAUAUACUUUGUCAGUUUUCAACAGUCAAGAAAAUGAAGAUUUUAAGUUUCAUUAAUAGUUUGUACAUGUAUGUGAGGAGUAAAGUGUGCUACAAAUUUCAUCAACCUCCUUGUGUUCUGAACAGUAGAGAAAAAUAAAUGUCCAAAUAUUAAAAUUUAUUACAAUGAAUUUGGUUAAUUUGUAUUACAAUUAACACUACAUAGUUUAAAUUUGCAUAAUUUAAAAUGCUUGAUAAAUCAUGGGUAUCCAAGGAUCUGCCUCUAAUUUAUGUGUGGCACAUUUAUUUGAAGCAAAGUCUGACGUCCCAAUGUAUUCAUUGGUGACUUAUUUCUGAAGUUCGAUGUACUUGUCAUCCAGACUUGCUAGGUCUCACACCCUAGGCGUGAGACUCCAGCAUUUCCAAACUCUUGCUCAUCCCCCCAAAUCUCUUUCUCAUGCCUCUAUCACAGCCUAUCCCCAUAUACGUAAAACAAAAUACCUGAUGAUCUCACAUUGAGUCAGGGUUCCCUCCCUAAAAUUUUUGUGUCACUGGUCUUUGAAUUUGGCAUCUCUGGUCAUCAGGUAGCUUGGAUUUUGAGAAUAACUUGCCUGUCGAUUCAUAGUCAAGUUACCAAUGCCAAACAAAUCAGUGCUCAUGACCGAAUGAUUGUACUGUUGUGUAUAUUUUAAUUUGAAAAGAAAUCAUGUAAAAAUUGUAUAUUUUCAGAGAAUAAAUAUAACUUAUCAAAUCUAA